CUUGUCUUCAGGAAGGGAAACAUGAACUUCAUUAUGGAGUCCCUCGAGACGUUCUGCGAUCACGACUAUGUGGAGUACUUUCGCAAGGUGCCCGACGCUGGGCUGCUCUACACCUUCCGCGUGGCCCGGCCGGCCGCUGCCUUCUCCAUUGACAUCACCGGGAAGGUGCUGAAGACCCAGAAAGUGAUGUACAGGACUGAAAACAUAAACGGGUGCGAAUUCCUCAGGAAUCCCCUAAUGAGCAAAGUUUUCGGCAUCGUUUACAAGCAUCUGGUGGUCAAUGGCACUUUCUUUGAGUGCCCCAUCAAGCCGAAUGUGUACUUUCUGAAGAACGAGGGUGCGAUGGCGGUACUGCCCUCCUUCCAUCCGCCCGGACGCUUUCAGCUCUCCAUGAGGGUAAAAAUGGCCGAGAGCCGCCAGCCGUUUGUCAUGGAAAUGCUCUGGAAGUACAGAAUUGUUCGCAUCAAAUAAACACAUUUGCAUUUGGAGGUGUGCAAAUUGGUUUAGUUGUCUCUAACCCUCGAGGUACAUAUGCUUCCUUGCGUUGCCCAUACGCCACGUGGUACGCACUUAUUCCCGGUGGGGUCGUAAGGUCACGUGUGCGCCUGUGUCUGUGUGUGUGCUACUCGCGAAAUCAUAAUUUGACGGCAAUGCCUUCUUUGCAUUUAAUGUAGCGUAAACAUUUUAAUUUUUUAUGAGCCUCGCCUGCCACAGCCACGGCCAAAGUCUCAUGCUCUGUCCGGAUAUGGAGCACAGCUCUGC